AAAAAAACCUAUUUCAGGGAACUAAAUUUAGAUUAAGAAAAAAAAAAAGACAUUUUUGUCGAUGAAGAAGAGGGAUUCAGUAGGAGCAGAAGUAAGAGAACAUGCAGACAGAGCAUCUUUCAAGGAUUUCUCAAAGUAAUCAUCGAUGUAUUCCGUGCUUAUGUUGGCUUUCCAUGCUUUUUUCCCUUUUCUUGAGGAUUUUGCCUUCUUUCCCAUCUCCUUUUUCUUUUCUUUUCUUUUUUGGUGCUUCGCUGCUAGCCUGCUAUGCAGUGUCCAACGAAGGAGAGACAAAAAAAAGGAUUUUGCGAAAGACAGGUUUUUCUAUUUAAAACGACGUCGAUUAAUUACCCGAUUUAUCAUCUUUAGACCGGGCCAAAUUUAAAAUAAUCAUCUACAUAAGCCCAUAAUGGAAUCUAGCUCAAGUAUUAGCCCAAAUGAAAAAACCACCCACAGCAUAUCACAGACCAAGAAAUAGUCCAACGUCGUCGAUUUCAAGACUGUAAUUUCUUUUCUUCAACAAUCUGUCAACUGCGAAAAAACCCUAAACCCUAGAAAACAAAAACCCCUGCAAAAUCUGAAGUGGCAGUCACUCUUGUACUAUCUUAUUAAAUUACAAUGUUGAGAAGAAACAUAAGAUUGAGGAGAGAGUAUUUGUAUAGGAAGAGCUUGGAAGGCAAAGAGCGCUUGCUUUAUGAGAAGAAACGGAAGAUCAAAGAAGCCCUUGAUGAGGGAAAACCAAUUCCAACUGAGCUCCGGAAUGAGGAGACCGCGCUUCGCCAAGAAAUUGACCUUGAAGAUGACUACACUGCCGUUCCCAAAACUCAUAUUGAUGAUGAGUAUGCAAAUGCAACCCAACGAGAUCCUAAGAUUUUGCUGACAACAUCUCGGGAUCCAAGUGCUCCUCUUGUACAGUUUGUUAAGGAAUUGAAGUUUGUCUUUCCUAAUGCAGAGCGGAUGAAUCGUGGCGGCCAGGUUAUAUCUGAAAUUAUUGAGAGUUGCCGUGCACAUGAGUUUACAGAUGUUAUUUUGGUUCAUGAACAUCGUGGUGUACCAGAUGGUUUGAUCAUAAGUCAUCUACCGUUUGGUCCCACAGCAUACUUUGGACUACUCAAUGUGGUUACAAGACAUGACAUUAAGGACAAGAAAGCCAUUGGAACAAUGCCGGAGGCUUACCCACAUUUGAUUCUUGACAAUUUUAAAACCAAGCUGGGUGAAAGGACAGCAAACAUACUAAAACAUCUAUUCCCUGUGCCAAAGUCUGAUACAAAACGAAUUGUGACUUUUGCUAAUCGGUCUGACUAUAUUUCAUUCAGGCAUCAUAUUUAUGAGAAACCUGGAGGUCCUAAAUCAGUUGAGCUGAAGGAGAUUGGUCCUAGGUUUGAAUUGCGGCUUUAUCAGGUAAAAUUAGGAACAAUGGACCAGAGUGAGGCCCAGAUUGAAUGGGUUAUCAGACCUUACAUGAACACAACCAGGAAACGCAACUUCAUUGGGAUUGACACAGAUCCAGACAACAAGAAAAAGAAACAUUAAGCUUUCUUCCUUUUAAUUUAUUAUAUUCCUAGGAUUUUAGUCCAAGAAUGAUUAUGUUGUUUUAUUCAGCCUUAUUUUUUCUUUUAAAGGUUGUCUGAAUUAGUAUUAACAUUUCAUGUUAAAAUUAUUUACAGAAACAGUUACUAUGGAUUAGAGAAACACUUUUGCCUUGUUGGAGACUGAAACCUCCCUAUAGUCGAAAGGAUGCUUUGCAUUCUAAUCUCAAUGCAAUGGGUUCUGGUAAGUCGUGUUUACGACUUUCCUUUUCUCUGUUCUUACAGGUCCAGUUUCCUAUUGAGUUUCCUUUUUUUUUUUUUACAAGUCAACGUCCGAUAGAAAAAAUUCAAAAAGAAACUUGAUAAAUUUGGAAUGAGGAGAAAUGACAACAAUAGUUUGUGGUACUUUAAAUCAAGAGAUCUUUUUAAGUUAAUAGCAGAAGUUUUGAGAUGAUGAAAAAUAUGGGUGCCGCAUAUCUAAGUAUGUUUUUUUGACGAACAACCGACACAUUUACAACCAUCAGCAGACCAACUGGCUGGUGACUCAUGGUUUUGCGCUGAAACUUGGCACUUGACAACUACACACGAACUAUAAAAAGCUUAGCUGACUUUCUUUUGAACCCAUAAAACAGUGGCGCCAAAUACCAGAACCUGAAGGCGCAUUAAAAACCACAAAACCGGAAAGCGAGAGCAGCAGAUUCAGCCCUGAAAAACAAGGGGCUAGCAUGAAUUUGACCGUGGUUUUCCAUCCCCCCUUCUUUUUUUUUUGAUAAAUACACCCAACCAAACAGGUUGCGACAAAAACAAUGAGCUACACUGCUUUUUAACAUCAACCGUUUUCUUAUCAUGUUUUCAAUAUAAAUACUGGUUCAGCUUCCUCGUCACAGACCCGUAAUAAGCAAAGCAAUCCAGUUUCUUUCGGAGAAAAAGAUCAGUUCACUAAUAAAGAUCAUUCUUUGGUUUUCUUUCCAUGGCUUCUCUUGUACUUUUAUUGUCUGAACUUCUUCGCCACCAUGAACCAAACUUUGCUUUUGUAACACCACUUCCCUCUAAUUAUUCUUCUUCUCCUCUUCCUCCUUGCGGCAUUUCAAUGCCUUCUACUGCCAAGAAACCAUUGAGAAAUGAUGUCAACAAGUUUGAGACACAGAUUGUAGAGGAAGAUCCAAAAGAACUAAUGGUUUCUGUUGGCAUAGUCUGGCCUUAGUGUUAUGGUCUGAUGCUUUAAACCGGAAUUCUCGCCGCAACCAAGUUCUUCCGUCAUCUCUGGCACAAGGUUUCUCUAUCAUUUCAACCUCAAACGAGGCAUUUUGGGUGGUCAUCAUUUUAUGUACAACUAUAGCAGCCAGCUAGGAACGAAGAACCGUGCCUUUUUGUAACACUACUGAUCCAUGAUGUUUAUCUCAAUAUCUCAGUUUAAAAAGUUUGAAGUUUGAGAUUCCCACUAAGGUUUUUAUGAUUAAAAGAAGUGGAAAAGCUAUCAAAUCUCAGCGUCGCAUGUCUUUUUUGUCACUUUCUAUAAUCUUGUUAAUUUAUCCCAUGGAAUAAGGAUUGUUCAAGAGGAAUAUCUGCAAAUCUUGAAGGUCUGAUUUUUGGUAAAUUUGAAAAUCGUUUAUUGAUUUUGAUAAAAGCAAAUAAUUUAUUGAUUUUGAUAAGA